GGGCGUUCCCAAUCCGCGUUCGCCCUCCUGCCUUCGGGGUCUCGGUGCUCUUGAAUCUUGCGGCAUUGUUCGUCUGUGAGGGCGUAGCACUGGUCUCUUGUCGGGAGUGGCAGGCCGGAUGAAGCCAUGCUGCAUCUGCGUAGGGGGUUGCGAGAUUCCAGAUUGCGCGGGUGCCCCUUAUCGCUUCCAUCUGCCAGAGAGAAUCAUCCACCCAAGGGCAUAACCAAGACCGAGGGGACGGAGCGCGCGGGGUGCGAAACCGUUGCGAUUGAAAAGGGCGUGCUUGGUGCUUGGUUGCUUGGUGCCUGGUGCUUGCUUUCGAGUUCAAAGGGGGGGUGCGGAAGAUUCUGAUUAUGACAGUGUUGGAUUACUGGGUAUCACCGGUGGAGUGGGUUCCUGUACAGUAUUCCGUA